CACUAAUUCUCUGGUCGGCUGAGCAAGCGGUUGUUGGGGAGGCGGAGAGUUUAAGGCUCGGGUUGCCCCAGAGUCGGGGCCUGCCCUAGCUGCCCUUUGGCCGGGGUCCCCGCUGCGGGGCGGAAAGGGGCGGGCCCCGACUGGACUAGCCAUCCCCUCCUCCCUCUCUGGGAGGCCACGGCUCCAACCCCGGCCUCGGGCCUCGUCCGGGUGAUCCGCGGGAGCCCCGCUGCUCCAGCCAAGGUUUAGUCUGUUUUGGCUUGGAAUAAAAAUGGCAGAAGAAACUGCAGUAUCUUCUGAGAAGCUUGUUGUAUAUUCAGAGGCUCAUAGUGGUACCAUUCUGGCUAAUUUUGAAGAACAAAGGAAAAGAGGCUUUCUCUGUGAUAUCACUCUAAUAGUGGAAAAUGUACAUUUCCGGGCCCACAAAGCUUUACUUGCUGCCAGUAGUGAGUAUUUCUCAAUGAUGUUUGCAGAAGAAGGUGAGAUAGGCCAGUCCAUUUAUAUGCUGGAAGGUAUGUUAGCAGAUACAUUUAGUAUCCUUCUGGAAUUUAUCUAUACUGGUUAUCUUCAUGCCAGUGAAAAAAGUGCAGAACAAAUAUUGGCAACUGCUCAAUUUUUAAAAGUAUAUGACUUAGUAAAUGCUUACACUGAUUAUCAAAGCAAUCAUAACUCAACAAAUCCAACUUCUUUGGCCACUGGUGGAGCUCCAGUAGUUGUUAUUUCUAAUAAGAAAAAUGAUGAUCUUCCAAAGCGAAAACGAGGGAGACCAAGAAAAGUCAAAAAUUUUCAAGCAGUAAAAUCAGAAAUGGCUUCACUUGAAGACAUUCAGCUCAGAGAAAAUAAUUCUGUUCAAAAUAAACAAAACUCUAUGUCAAAAACAGUAGAAGAAAGCAAUAGUAUAACAGAUGAACAGAUCCCAAUAAGAGAAGUGGAAGAAUCUGAGCGUGCUUGUGGGUCAAGCACUGUGGAAAUGCCUACAGAAGAAGAUGAGAACUGUGAUCCUAAGUCCCAGGAUGUACAAGGCAGUCAGAGUCGCUAUAGCAAGCGCAGAAUUCAGAGAUCUGUUAAACUUAAAGAUUACAAACUUGUUGGGGAUGAAGAUGAUCAGUAUUCAGCCAAGAGAGUAUCUGGAAGAAGAAAACGUCCUGGUUCUGAGGCUUGCUGUAAGGAAUGUGGCAAAGUGUUUAAGUACAAUCACUUUUUAGCAAUCCAUCAGAGAAGUCAUACAGGGGAACGACCUUUCAAAUGUAAUGAAUGUGGAAAAGGUUUUGCCCAGAAGCACUCAUUGCAGGUUCACACAAGGAUGCACACAGGGGAACGACCAUAUACCUGUACUGUUUGCAAUAAGGCUUUAACUACAAAACAUUCUUUACUGGAGCACAUGAGCCUGCACACAGGACAGAAGUCUUUUACCUGUGAUCAAUGUGGAAAGUAUUUCAGCCAGAAAAGACAGCUGAAGAGUCAUUACCGAGUUCAUACAGGCCAUUCGUUGCCGGAAUGUAACCACUGUCAUCGCAAAUUCAUGGAUGUAUCUCAGUUAAAGAAACAUCUAAGAACACACACAGGUGAAAAACCAUUUACUUGUGAAAUUUGUGGCAAGUCUUUUACAGCAAAAAGUUCUCUUCAAACACACAUCAGAAUCCAUCGAGGAGAAAAGCCAUAUUCUUGUGGCAUAUGUGGAAAAUCCUUCUCUGAUUCCAGUGCUAAGAGGAGACACUGUAUAUUACACACAGGCAAAAAGCCUUUUUCCUGCCCUGAGUGUAAUUUGCAGUUUGCACGUUUAGACAACUUAAAGGCUCACUUCAAAAUCCAUAGCAAAGAAAAACCCUUUCCAGAAGCUCCUAGUGCUCCCAGCAGCAGCAACCCAGAAGAAGUUAGGAAUAUUCUCCAUCUCCAGCAGUAUCAACUUUCCACCUCUGGAGAACAAGAAAUUCAACUCCUAGUCACGGACUCGGUCCAUAACAUCAAUUUCAUGCCUAGUCAUAGUCAAGGAAUCAGCAUUGUCACAACAGAAGGCACCCAGAGCAUGGCAGCUGACCAAGCCGCUGACCUGACAGUACUCACUCAGCAGCCCGAACAUCUGCAGGGUUUGAUUCUUUCUGCUCAGCAUGACCAAACCGAGCACAUCCAGAGUCUCAAUAUGAUGGACAGCCAGAUGGAAACCUCACCAUCUGAACAGGUGCAUAUAAUCACCCUGUCUAAGGAGACCCUGGAGCAUCUUCAUGCUCACUGAGAAGCAGCUGAAGAACUUAGAAGUGGCCCCUUCAUGCUCAGCUCAGCAUAUGCAGAAGUACCAAGAAUCAAGUUAACAGGCCAGGAAAUACUAUGUGGCCCAGCCUGUAUAGUUUAAUGAACAGUUGAGCAAAAGUGUAAUUCUGUGGGAGUUACAUGGGAUGUUUGUCCAUAAGCUAACCCUACUGUGGUUAAUGACUAAUUGGUUGGUUCUAAUACACAGAGUUGUUUCUAUCCUUUCAGAUACUAGUAAACUAAUAUUUAUAAUGCGUUACAUUCAAAGCAGCAAAGUGAAUUGAACGUGUCUGAUUUAAACUAUCGUGUGACUUGAAUUGACUAUUGGUGAAAAACUGUCAGUUUUAUUCCAUCUUGUAGGUCUUGGAUUUUCACUCAGGUGCUCUACUGUAUAACGAAGGCAGUUGUAACUUGUAUGUAGGAGUUGAAAUUCAUCCCUUUAUGUUAUAUUUCUAAUCUUCAGGAUGACAAUUCUUCUAAUUGUAUUUUGGGUCUUUGAUAAACUACAAAAGCCAGUCAUGGGUUAGUUUAAAUUUGACAUAUGUUUGUUGGUUUUGCUUCCUUGUUACUUAGGAAUACAGAAUUGCCACUAAAAGGAAAAAAAAAAAUUGCUUUGUAUGCCAAGCCUUCAUAAUAUGUUAAGGAAUAUGUUCUUUGACCCUCCCAACACCAAAGAAUUAGUAACAGUCUUGUACUUGAAUUAUUUCAUGAUUCUGUAAAUCCUACUACAUUAUACUUGAGAGGAAAGAAUACAUAGUAAACUCAUUAUUCAGAAAACAGAAAGAACAUAUGUGUAAGUAUACAGAAGGAACAUAGUCUUAAUUUUCCUUUUGUGAGAAAAGCAAAUAUAUAGCAGGAUUACAGUUAGGAUGCAUGUCUUAAAAAGUAAUAUUCAAAGAAUAUUCAGAGAAUUCAGGGUAAGUGUGGAAUUCAGCCUGAUGUUUUCAUCUUCAUUAAUCUACAGUGGUACUUUAUAUUCUUGACACCAGAGUCUUCCAAAUCAUUGGAAAAGUGAUAUUAAAUCUAGUUUGUUACUACAUUCUGUUUCUCUGAAAAUUGGAAUCUGAAGUAGCCAAUACUAACCCUACUCCAAUCUAGACUAAAGGAAAAUUCACACAGAAGUUAGACAUAAUUUUUUAAAAUGGCUUUAAUGAUUCAAAGACCAGAUUUCCUUUUUUGGAACCCCUACUAAGCCUUACAGAAUUAGUAAACCACUUUGUGCUUUUAAUCAUUUUAUGAUUGAGGCAUCAUAGAAAUAUUAAACUGUGCUGAGUAUAAAUUUUAGUGCUGUGUAUUUUGGAUAUACUUUUCUGUUGAAUAACUAAUUAAGGGUUCUUGAGAAAAUCCAAGAACAUAAUUUGAUUGUUUACAAUUUAUAUUAUUCUGGGAUAGAAUAGGAGAACCAGAUGCUAAAUAUUGGACAUAGUUUAUUGGUAGGGUCUUCUGUAUUAGAUGCUAGUUUUUAGGUAUUUCUAAUUUCUAUCCUUCAAAUAUGUAUUUUGCAAGUUGAAGUACUAGUCUCCUUCAGGUUUGUUGAAGAAUCACAGUUUCUUUUACAUAUUUGAUGUGCUAUAUUUUUAUUAUAUGGAAUUUGAUUUCCAAAGUAACUUAUUUUAUAUAAAAUGAGAAAGAGCAACAUUAUAUGAAUUAUAACUAGGCCAAAGGGAGAAGCUAUAAAGUUUUAUUAAAAGAAUUGUGGCUAAAGUAGUAUUUUGUUCUUGCCCUGUAUGGCUUAACUUUGUAAAUAAAUGUUAAAUACUUAUUAACUCAUAAA